UAGAUGCCAUUUUUUCCUAAACCAAGCCGCCAUACUUCAUACCAGAUUUUUAGCGUCAUCUCUUGUUUGUUAGUGAUUGUCUUUACUGAUUGUUUCAAAUUAUUGGGACCUGAAUCGAUAAAAUUGGAAUUCCCGAAAAUCGUCAAAGAUGGAACGCAGAGGUUCACGAGGUGUGACUAGUCGUAGAGUCGCCACUAAGUCACCACCAAGAAAUAAGUCACCGACAAGAAACAAGUCACCAGCACGAAAGUCCCCGGCAAGAAAAUCGCCAGCCAGAAAAAUCGAACCAAUUAAGGAAGAGCCUGCAACUAAAGCACGCAGAGGGCGUCCGAAAGCCGCGCCAAGUCAACCGAAAAGUGAAUCGCCCAAAAAUGAACUACGCAAGGCAUCGCUAUCGCCAAUUAAACAUGAAACGGGACGAUCCAGCGUACAUACGAAAUCGGUGACCACAACAACGUCCAGCAGUGUUAAAGUGUCGCAAAUUUCCAACGAAAGUGAUGACGAGGUCAAGCGUCUUAUUUCGAGAAGACUGAAUGCAGCAAGAGAAAAGCUUGAUGGCCUACGCUACACACCGACUCCGUCAGAAUUAUCCAGACAAUCAAGACAGUCACAAAGUCGUUCGAUGAGCCGAAGCGUUCUUGACGACGACGAUGAAUAUUCGGAUCGAGAAACUGAACCGAUACACGACGAGGAUCGGAAUAAGUACAGUUAUCGGCUGGAGACCAAAAGACCCACUACUUCACUUUGGGUUGGACUGUCGGUGUUGGUACUGAUUUUGUUGAUAUCGGCGGUCGGAUUCUACCUACCGUUUUCUUGCAAUCGAGAAGAAUGCGAUUUUUCGGUCGCUCGAUUAGCCAAGCUAAAAUGGUUGAAAACGUACGGAAACUGGGACGUGUCCAUCUACUAUCCUGCUUACAUUUUUGCCAUCUACUUGCUAUCGGCGAUUCCAAUCGGUCGCACGAUUCCACUGAAAAACGAAAGUCCAUCGAUCUCUUACAAUUUCAAUGGUUUGGCUCUGUCGGUGAUUGUUGGUGCAGCGGUUGCCAUUGCAGAAUAUCUCAAAUAUCCCGUCAUUCGUUUCAUUUACGGAAAUUACCAGCAAUUCUGCUGUGCUGCCAUUGCGUACGCGUUGAUUGUGGCUGGGUGGCGGUACGUCAUGAAUCGGAAUGUUCACAACGAAUAUACGUGGAACCCAUACGCGAAAAGCGGUAGCUUCUGGAAAGACUAUUUCGUUGGACGCGAAAUCAAUCCUCGAUGGUUGCUGUUCGACAUCAAAUUGAUUCACUAUCAUGCGGCUAUAAUUGCAACACUGCUGUUGAAUGGCAUUUUCAUCUAUCGCAAUUUGAAGUUCAGCGCAUUGCCGACAGAAAACGGAAACAUCACCCUGAACUGGACCGAAGCCAUCCUAUUCACGUACAACAAUGUAAAAUACGACCCGAUCGCAUUGUUGACUGCUUGCCUGGUAUUCUGGCACGCAUUGGAUCAACUCAUUUUCGAACACCACCUGGCAUCAUCGUUUUUCUUGCAAGGUGAAGGAGUCGGUGCAUUUUUGCUACUCCGGAACGCUCUAUACCCGUUUUUGAAUUCGUUGAUUGCUAAGUACGCAUGGGAGCAUAAAAUUGUCGGAGUGCCAGGGUGGGCCAUUUUCGUAACGGUCGCUGUGUUUACUAUUGGAUGGUUCAUUAAACGAGGAAGCUGUAAAAUCAAGUACGAGUUCAGAAUGGAUCCAACGAAUCCGAAGUUCUACCAUGCCGAUACAAUACAAACCCUCCAACACCGACGACUCCUCGUAUCCGCCUAUUGGGGCCUGAUCCGACAGCCGAACUACUUGGGCGAAAUCAUUUCAUAUCUUGCGCUGGCGAUUCCAUUGAUCUGGGGUUUCGCUUGGCCACCAUUGGUUGCCAUUUUAAUCAGUGUCGUCCAUUUAAUUUUACGCGGUAAACAAAUGUCCCACCGGAAUUUCAAUCGAUACAACAGCCAUUGGGCGCGGUAUUGUCAACGAGUUAAAUACAUUCUGAUACCGAAGGUGUUUUAACGCAUGUGAUGUGUCGUGUGGAUUUGUUUAAACAAAAAGGAAUUGAAGAGAAGAUGAAUGAAGAUACACCUUCGUGUAAGUAAAAGAAA